UAUAAUGGAUGUAAAACAUUAUUUAUAGACCAUCGGAAGCAUCCCUUGCUCAUUUGAACAUGAAAAUUGCUAAAGAAGUGACUGAGGAUGACUCUAUCGACGACGACAAUGUUCCAAUUGCGGUGCAAUUAUUUCUAUGGAGGCAAACAACACCGUUUAUGCGCCCGAGAUUCGGAAAAGUUCACGAAUCUACUUGCACGUUCUGUCAGCGGGCUCCAGGACAUCACGAACUCAAAGAGGCCUGUAAGUCGUUUGAAAAAGUGUUGGUACAAAAUCUUCGAUUUGGACUAUCAAACAACCUCAUUGAUGCUAUAGAAGCUAUUCCACGAUGGAGGCUAAUACAAGCUGCACUACCUCAUGUGAUGCAUGCUUUAGCUGGACUUUUACACAACAGAGUAAAAGACAAUAUGCAGACCCUUGGAAAUGUGGAAACAAAACUUCUGUAUACCCUGCAUUGGAUAUUACUUGAUGCUUCCGAUGAAUGUGCUGACAAUGACUAUGAAAAUGGAAAAUAUUAUUCCAAUCCCUUCCAUUAUCUAUUCUCUGUACCUACUAUGACUCUGUUUGUUUUCCUAUUUGCUCCUAUAUCACAUCACCUCAAAGAAUCAGACUUUACAAACAACUACAGAUUGGAAAAUGGAUUGAAGCUAUGGCAAGCAAUGUGGGAAUUUAGGCAUCCUGAUUCAGCUUGUUUCACAACACUUGUCAAACCCAAACCUAAGCCUCUAGGAGGAAAAUACUCGAAAAGAAACCAACAUGGUGAUGUCUUUAUGGGCCGAAAAUUUUCAAAAGAAGAAAGUGCCGUUAAUGGCAGCCCUCCUAGUCAGAACAUUUCAAUGUCACAAUCAGAAGCUCCAUCAAAACAAGCCAGUACAGAGGAAGAGCCGUGGCUCUCAUCACCCAAGGAUACAAUUUUUCCUGAGACAAUCCCGGAGGAGAGCUCCAGUACAGAGGAGGAACAUGUGUUCAUUUAUCGCCUACCGUCUGAACAAAAUUUUAGUGGAGCAAAUAAAGGAGCUUAUACGGUGUAUGCAGCUGACCCAAGCAUAUUUCAAGUUCGCAGAACGGACUCAGCGAAGCCUACAUUACCAGGGAUCAAGCCCUUACCUCAAAUCACCAAAAUGAGCUCAUCAGAUAAGGAGUCGUUGUCUGAUAGCGGAGGCCAGCCCGGUGUAAAAAGCACCCCGACGUCGAUAGAAAAGGGAACUAGUAUCAAACAAAUACAACAUGUAUCCGCGGCAACUUUCCUCGACGUGGCCACCAUGAGAUGUCUCUUUGCAUCGCAAUGGCAAGAAGAAGGUGUAUAUUGGGCGCUACAUUAUCUAUAUAAUAGAUUGCGAGAUAUUUGCGACGAUAUAUCCAAACAAAUUCAAAUCAGAAAACGAAGCAAUUCUCUGCCAAUACCGAAAAUAGAAGUAUCGAUAUACCAAAGCCCGGAAAUCAAAGAGCGUGAUUCAUUGAAAAACUUUAUGGAGGUUCCAGAUUCAAAAGACGUAUCACCGAUAACAGAAGUUCCUUUCACGAACAUAACUAAGUCAGAGGAAGACAACGUAAUGUCGAGAAGAGCCAGCGAAAAAGUUAAACGAAAAAUGAAAAUGGCCGAUUUGAAAGCUUUCGUCGAAACUAAAUUACUGUCGAAAUCAGAAAAAGCAUUGGAGAAAAUUGGUCAUGAUGAACAUAAAUUUAGUUUUCAUACAGCAGUAAGAAUGAUAUCUGAGUAUCACAGAAGUUUAGAUAACGCGGACGACCGACCGAACUCCGCGCUCGCAAGCAAUUUCCCGCCUCUAGCUCCGAGGCUGACAGGGGACUUGCUCCAGUGUAAUCUCAUUAAAGGAAAAAGUAUGCCGAGUCUCAGCUGUCUGAUAGACGAGCUAGCAUCCAAUGGAUACAUUGGUGAGAUCAAGACGGAACGUGCGCAGGACACGACAGUUAUUAAGCCAUCUAACAUGCAAAAGAAAAAGAACCCCAUCAUCACUGUUACAGAACACACGCCCACACCGUCACCUGACUACCUCUCGAAAACAAGACAAGGUUCCCUCGAAUCACAAAUGGACUCAGUAAGCAUGCAAGGGUCUCAACAUAUACCGACUCCAGAACGCAAGCCAAGUUUAACACGAUCACAAACUGACUCCAACAUCACUUAUAUUGUGGAAGAGAUACAGGAAGCGGCUGGAUCGUUGCAUUAUAUCACGAAAGACGGAGAUAUUGAUUUCCAAGUUGUGCUUAAAGCCGUGUACUCCGUGUCAACUAUGGAUAGUUUUUACAUAACAAUGAGAGUGAUGGAAGUGAUGCUUAACUUAGUGGAUACACUAAUGGAAAUUGGGGUUCAUAAAAAUUGGCAGUCUGAUAAAGGGCAAGAUCCCCAACCGGAAACAGUUGAUCCUUUGGCAGAUUUUCAAAAAGACAAAGAAAACAAGGAAAGAGAUUCGGGCAUUCCCUGCGCUCAGAGCCAAGAUUCAACAAAUGUUGAAUCCGGUGAAAGUAAAGAAAAAACGAAAGAAGAAGAACAUUUUGAUUGUCCCUACUAUAUGCUGAUGUACAUAAUUCUAAGAUUAUUACGUCAAUUAGGAUGUUCUCACGGCUGUACAACUGCGUUGCGAGGCCCUCAAGCUGAAUGUCUCCGAGUACAAUCAAGAAAUUCGCUCCGGCAGCUGCGUUCUGCGUCUGUGACUAAAUUCACUUUGCGACUUAAAGAAAUGACCAAAUUUGCACCAAUCAGAGAGGUUUUAGAUAAUUUGCAUUCUACUCUCGGCUAUUGUACUGAACCUGCGACCAUGGUAUCACCUAUGAAUCAGCAAAAAAGAAAUUUCGCAAAAUCCCCAGAAAUGAGCCAUCUACAGACAGGAUAUGCAACGAACUUCGGAGCGGGACAGGGGCCCAAUGCAAACAGAGCAAUAGAGAACUUUAUAGUGGAAACCACUUUUCGAGUUCUAGUUACAAGAUUUGCCAUGAUGCAUAAAGAAUUAAAAUUGCUUGAUAACUCGGCUCUAUACGCGGAAGUGCGUCUUUUGCUGAGCUACGUACGAGAGGCUCACGGGGGAGAGUUUCGUGCCGUGGCCUUCAGUGCCUUAUUAGACACGGCGGAGAGGCCGGGCACGCAGGCGAAGGACUCCAACAUGCAGACGACGAGAGUUAUCAGGCAUAUUCCUAGAAUGGCUGAUGAUGAACGUGGUUCAGACACUGGCGCUGACUCUGGUUGUGCGGCGGAUGACAGAAGCCAUAAAAAGUUUACCUUCAAAAAAAGAAGCACUUCUUCCACUGGUGCUCAUAGCCUUCUAGAAACCGAGGCCGGUGAUGAAUCAGCCAGUCAGUCGCCUUUGUCUGUUCGAACCCGAAGAUACCAACUGACGCCUCGACAAUCUGAGCGAACUAUCCCGUCUGCUUCGUCUGCUGAUAUAACGCCACAUCGCAAGAUAUCUCAUUCAAAAUCUAUUCCUUCUAAAUUUCAUAUUAGCGGCAUAGUCAAUUGGUUUCGCCAAAAACCUCAGCCCCAGAAUCUAGUGCGAAACGGAUGCGGUUCCGGCGAAUCUCUUCCAAUAUCCGGUAGCAUGGCGUCCUUAGCGAGGCCAUUUCACACGCAACCGAUACACGUGUCGCGUCCGGUUCAUGUCAAGCGACGAGUUGGUUACACACUUAACAGAGCCAGAAAAAGGGUUGAAGAUAGAUUGAAUAGAUUUGGUCUGAGAAAAAUGGGAAAGAAACGGGACGGGAGCAUAGAAGAAACUAUAGGAGGGUAUAUGUCGCGUCGGGGGUCCGCAGAGGGUGGUUCUGGCGGCGGGGAAUCCGAAGUAGUUGUUUUAAAACGACGAAGAUUAGUUGCAGCUGCGCCGCUAUACGCUGGUCUCGCGAGAUUCAGUUUUAUUCUUGACGCAACUCAACCCGGAGCCACUCCAGAUGCAUUAUUUAUGGCUGCUUUAUUGGAUUUACCACACACAGUUGUCGUUGGACGAGCCGCUAUGCUUCUAGAAUGUGCUCAUUUGGUACAUAAUUGCAAUAAGGGUCAAUGGCCUUAUUGGCUCAAAUCAAAUAUGGCGAAAAACCCAUUAUCUUCGGGUCCUUUACAGUUAAGAAGACAACGGUUAGCUGGAAAACUCUUUUAUCAAUGGGCAGAAGCAAUUGGAAAUAGAUUAGAAGACAUGUUAAACGAGGAUAGAAAGCACAUUGAUACAGUUGUUAACCUCGUUAAUGAUCCCGAUGGGCAACGAGAACUUUUGCAACAAGACGAAGAAGAAGAUUUCUUAGAUGAAGCUAGUAUACGGCUUCCUGGAAAAACUAUUGGCGCUGAAUGUCCCCGUGCUCUAAGAUUAGUCGCCUGCAUGCUAUUAUUCGAAAUCACAGCAUUUCUCCGAGAAACCUAUCAAAACUUACCUAAGUCCUGUCGAUCUUCGUUAAAGGAAAGAGGACCUUGGGAUCGAGUCUACAGGUGGAUGCAAAAGCGGAGACGUUUAUUGUGUAAUAAUAAGGCUCUUAGCAGUCAACACACAUUAAUGCCAGUCGAGGAGGCUAAUAGACGAUGGAGUAUGGCACUAUCGAGUAUGGGGCACUCUCAAGCAUCAGCUCAAAGCUUACAAUCAAUAGCUGGAGCGGAAACGGAGAGAAAGAUAUCUUUCGUUCUUCAUGAACCAGAAAACGUAUCUGGAGGUAGCAGCGUCACGCUUCCUGAAGCUAUUCCAAUCAGUGAAGAUAAAAAGUCUCGCCUGGGCUCGCGAGGCAAAGGUAUAGCUCGUCGGAACACACAGCAACAUGCCGCCUACGGGUCUUUUAAGCGACGCUCCAUUAAACUACGGCAGAAAGACGCGAGAGAAGUCUGUGAUGAUUUUGUUAAUAGAAGAUCGGAUUCAAUACAAAGCAGGAGAAAAGUUUCGUCCCUUUCUGACAGGAGUGACACCUCAGAAGUUUAUCCUGGAACAGGAGGAACAGUGAUAAUGCCAAACGAAAUGGAUAGUGGUGGGGAAGAAAGCCCUGGAGUUUUGUCCGAUGACCACGAUCAUCCGCCCGACAGCCCUGAUAGUAACUCUACAGAUCCUCCUGACAUUAACAAAGGUUUCCCUUGGCUGAAGGUAAUUGUCAAAUUCAUGAAUUCUUUUAACUACGUGUGCUGCCACCAAAAUUUCUGCCAUCCCUACUGUUUCCGUCGCAAUAUGAGAUCGACUGUUCGUCUAAUGAAGUCUGUCCAAAAGAUAUAUGGUGAAAAGUUUGGCCCAGAAAUAAGUACAACUAACAACGAGGAGGGCUCAGGUGGGACGAGACGAGGACGACGUACCCGCAAAUCUUCAGAACAUUCGACCGAUAGAAUCGAUCGGUCAGUGCUAGAAAGCGCAGGGCUAGCCUACCGCACGGCGGGAGUAGAACAAACCCUUCCCCACAAUGAAUCAUUACCGAUCAACAAACCGGGUACUAUGCCAUAUCCGCCUGCUGAACCGCCAUCUAUUUUAAAAUAUAUAAAAACUCAGGUCCGCGACGCGUACCACGCCCCGCUGGCGGCGCUGGUGAAGGGCGCGACGACGCUGAGCGAGGACGUGUUCGCGGAGGCGGCGGGCGCGGCGUGGCACCUGCUGCUGGAGCCCGACCGCGAGCUGAGCGCGUGCGCCGCCGCGCUCUUCGUGCUCGCCGCCGUGCGCGCGCCGCUGCACGCCACGCACCUCAUGCACAAGUACCUCAAGCACGCCGACCCCGCCGUGCGAAUUAAUGCUAUAUUACGAUUCCAAGUAAUGUGGAAAUUGAGAUAUCAAGUAUGGCCACGCAUGGAAGAAGGCGCAUCUGUCACUUUUAAAGUACCACCGCCGGGUAUCGAAUUCACUCUCCCGUCACCGAAAAUAGGUAUCGAAUCUUUGGCCGUGGUAGAUCCACCCUGGAGUCCACAAGUUAAAGAUAAAGAUAUGGAAAUGACUUUAAACCAAGAACGACACCGCUCACUAGUCACUGCAACGAAAACACGAAAGAAACAACAAACGGAAGCAAUCAAAAAGGCACUGCAACAACGAGACGAUAAGAAGAAAGCUGAACGGGAAAGUUUCCUCAUAACAACGAUACCAAUCACUCGUCAAGCCGCACGUGAACCAGCUCUAGAUCACGCUGCAGACGAUCACGUUGAACCACCAGCAGAUGAGGAGAUGGCGGAAGGCGUGCGCGGGUCGCACCACACGCAGGUGGCGUCGGCGCUGUUCCCGUCCGUGCUGUGCUCGGCGGUGGCCGAGAUCAUCUCGCUACUGGACGACGCGGCCGUCUCCAGGGACGGCUGUUCCGUGUAUGAAGUCGCUUACCAAGUCAUAUGGGGUUGUCUUGUGGAAGAUUCAGCGCUAUUCCUCCGUCAUGUGCUAGAAAGGCUAACCAGAGAUCAUCAAGAUGAAAUGUUCAAGCUCCUUCGCCACUUGAUCAGAUUUAUACCACGACUGCCGCAGCAAGCUGCCUUCGCUCUAUAUAACUAUAUAAUAGGUUAUGUGAUGUUCUAUGUAAGGUCACCUCAUGAGGACGGACAGAGACUUAUAGGAGCCGCGUUAUCAAUUUUGUGGAUGGUAGUGCACAGUGUACAUGGUAUUAUGUUCAAAGAUUUAAAACAAAUAUUACGUAAAGAACAGUGUGACGCUUCAAUAUUGCUCACUGCAAACGUUCCAGCUGCCAAGAAAAUAAUAGUACAUGGUCCGUCGGAUAACGAAGGCAGCAUACCUUCCCAAUUCCCAGUACAAGAAGAUACACAAUUUUGUCAAAUUUUAAGAGAAUCUCUGGAUUACUUUGGAAUACCAGAGAGAUUACAUGACGAAUACUUCCUUGUUGAUUUUAAAACGCGUCAAAUCCACAACCCUCAAAGCUAUGUACGUGACCAUUAUUUCUUCAAACGCUCCCAGUACCCUCAAUUAGGUCUUGUACACAUGGAACCAGAGGAAGCUUUCGAAAAACUACAGCAACAGGAACUGUUGCACAAGUUUGUUGAAACAGGAAAAGUAUUGUUAACAUGGGCUAUACUUAAAAAUGUGGAUAUGGUGGUCCAACGUGUAGUAUUCCUCCACGACGAACUCAUGAAAUUACCAUCGUUCCCGAGAAAAGCUCUUGAAGCCGACCUGGCUUUAUACAGUCGGGGACCUCUCGGCUCAACAUUGCUUGGGCUGGAUGUGUUACAUAAAUUCAUGUGGGUUCGUCUUAUAGCUCGUAUGUUCGAAGCGAUGGCGGGAAACUUCACGUCAUCCAGAGAUAUACAUUUGUUUCUAAAUGUUCUAAACGGAGCUCUAAUGCUACAUAGUGAAGAUUCAUUAAUACUGCGAUAUGUUAUAGCUACCUACGUCAAUGCAGCAUUUAAUUUUAAGAAUAUAUUUUCUACUAAUGGAUAUCUUCUUAUAAUGCCAACUCUGUUACAAAUAUACUCGAAUUUCCAAACGAAUAAGCUAGUUACUACAACUAUAGAGUAUGCCGUGAAGCAGUUCUAUUUGUUAAAUAGAAAACCUUUUAUACUACAAAUGUUUGGUUCAGUUUCCGCCAUAUUGGACACAGAUGAAGAAGCAGCAUAUGGGGAUGCAAGUAAAGUACAAUCAAGUUGCCUUUUUAAUCUCUUACUGAGCUUGGAAACUCCCUCCCCCGACCCGCUCCACAUAGCGGAAUUAAUCAAAGAAGAGAAACCUUUAAAGCCAAUCGACUUCUGCUACAGAGAUGAAGAUGAAAUGGUUAACGUACUCGAUUGUAUUAGCCUAUGCGUGAUGGUGGUAUCGUAUUCUGCUGAGAGCAUGAGAGGAUACCAAAUGCUAAUAAUACUCGAGGCCAUACUUCCGUGUUACGUGAAGCAAAUAAAACUACCAACGUACAAUAGAGAGGGCAAAACCGAAAAAGAAAUAAUCCAACAACUCGCAAUCGCCAUUAAAACACUCGUCAACAAUUGCGAAGGACUAUCUAAGUCGUACAACGGGCCGUACCGCACGUCGCCGGAGCACAAGGGCUCGUCGCAGCGCGGCUGCGCGCGCUCCGCCGCCUCGCCCUUCAUGACGCUCGACAUCCUGGACGACGAGUCGCACUCGCGCUACGUCAGCGACCACUCGCGCCUGCCGCCGCUCGCCGACUACACCGGCACGGAGGACUCGGAGUUAGUACGCGCAGAGUAUCGCCGACCCCGUGACGUAUUGCUGUCAUUGGUGGGUGAGUUCAUUGGCCGCGCUACCGCUCGUCUUUUAGAGAUAAAUGGAUCAAAAGGUACUGCCGGUUCUGAUGGAAAAACUGUCGAACUUCUCGACUCCAAGUCACAUGCGAGACUUGCUGAAAUAGCACACUCACUAUUAAAAGUGUCUCCAUACGACCCUGAGUCGAUGGGCUGCCGUGGGCUCCAGCGAUACAUGAUGCAAGUUCUCCCAGUUGGUGACUGGGCUGAUGAUGCUCUUAGACCUGCGCUUAUCAUGAUCUUAAGACGACUUGACAAAGUGUUUCUUAAAAUUGCUAAAAAACCGAGCAUAAGAAGAAACACUGAUUGGGAUUCAGCUGCAAUCCUACUUAAAGGCGUUUUUGAGACGAUGUCGCGAUGUCCAUACAUUAUGCAUUGGCAACAAGUAAAAACUCUUCUCAAUACUGUACAAGCGUUGAUAGUAUCAGACAAUAACAGCGGAGAGAAUCUAUCUUCAGCAACAGCUGCUUUGAUGUCCCAACCUCCGCCUCCACAUUUUUGUAGCACCGUUGUUAGGUUAAUAGCACUUCAAGUUAUAAAUACUGGGGAUAGCUACUCGCUCGAGCAAAUGUGCGGUGGGAGUGCAAUCUUCCCCUCAGCCGAGAAAACUGAAAACAUGCUUAUGAAUUUAUUCAUGCCGCUAUGUCUGAGAGUCGGAAGCGGUAGAAAAGACGUGCCGCCGCUGCGGCAGUCGGACGUGUCGUACCUGGUGUCGGUGGUGGUGAACGCGCUGUGCCCGCCCGCGCCGGCCGGCCAGGCCGUGGCCGCCAACUCCAAGCUGGCCACCGACGCGCGCGCCAACUCGCUCACCUUCACCGGCAGUCGCGACACGCGCAACACCACGCGCCUCUCCAACCACCUCUAUAGGAUCGCCUUCCUCGCUCUGAAGGUGCUAUGUGCGUGCUUCACGAGCGAGCUGUGCAGCGAGUGGGGCCGGAUCGCGCGCGCCAUGCGCGAGCUGGGCCGCCGCAACGAGGCCGCGCACCAUCUGUGGGACUUCCUCGAGCACGUCGUCACCUACCGCACGCCGCUCUACGUGCUGCUGCAACCGUUCAUUGUGCACAAGCUCUCUCAGCCACCAAUCGGUGACCACGAGCGCCACAUGCAGUUCGUGGUUCGCGAACGUGUCCGCGGUCUCAAGCUGCCGGCGGCUCGCGCUCGCGGCGCCCUCCUCUCAGAACUGGCUCGCGAGCUGCGCUCUAUGAGAGACACGCACGAUCACUACAAAUUCGAGCAAAUAGCGGAGAGCAUCGGGCAGGGCGGCGGCAAGCGCGCGUCGGAGGCGGCCCCGCGCGGCGCGGCGGCGGACAAGCAGCAGCAGCACCGGCCCUCGCUCAUCUCCAUGCUGGUGGGCCGCGCGCCCGCGCCGCGCACGCCCGACCACCCCGCCGCCACGCUGUCCGCGCAGAGAGAAUCGCUAUCGAGCAGUUCGACGACAAGUCAACCGGUGUUUGAUUUGCCAAAUAAUAAUAACGGCCGAUACAGUGACAACGGAAAUAAUAAUCUUAACAACGCUAAUGCACAUUUGGGAGCGAUCAAUAACAAUUAUGGUGGCGAACCAAAGACAGCAGUCAACACCCCGCCGUAUGGAAACAUACAAACAAAAUUGCGCUUCAUGUCGUCUGUGGAGUUUAAAUUAACUUCUGGUGAGACGUCGCAGACACCGCUGUCGCCCGUGUCGGCGCCGUCGGCGGGCGAGUCGUGCGAGGAGGGCGACGAGCGCCCGCGACUGCACCGCGCGCACGGGCCCUCCAAAAAGACUUUCAAGUUCCGCCGCAGUCGCUACGCAAAACCAGAGACGGCGCGCGCGCGGCUGGAGUCAGACGAGUGCUCGUCGCCGGCCGCCGACGUCACGCCGCGCCGCGCGCGCCCCUCGCUGCUGCAGCCCGCCGCGCCCACCACCGACACCUCCUACGACAGCGAGAUCUCGCAGACCUCCUCCACGUCCGGUUACAGAGAGAGCUACAGCCUGCAGGCGUCCAUGUCGGAGUCCCCGGGCGGGUCGGUGCGCGCGGCGCACAGCGACUCGGCCACGCCGCACGCCAGCCCCGACGCUUCUUUGAGUUGUGAAUCUGCAACAUCUUCAGCGGAACGGACUGCUUUGCUUGGAGCAGCCAGCCAACGAUCUCUACUUUUGAGCAGCGAUCUACGUGACGAAGAUACACUACUUUAAAUUGAUAUUCAAUUCAUAGAACAUUAGACAAUUUUUAAUUUUAUUAACUUUGAAAAAUCAAUUUACAUAAUUACCAAUCAAAAAGAAGUUAUAAUUAUUUUUCUGCAUUAUGCAAUCUCUAUGUAAAGAGUUUAAACUUUUAGUAAAAAUCUAGAAGCAGUGUUUUACAACUGUCCAAUGAAAUUCU